UUCUUCCAGGAGGAAAGCAGUAAAUGCGAGGUGAUGGAUGUGAGGGUAGCCCACUGCCUACUCCUUUGGGCUGUGCACUUCGUUCCAGCUGCGCCACGUGCUCCUCUCAGAGUUCUCAGUAAGGAAUCGAAGACUGAUAAUCAGCAAGAUGGGUGUAUAAAUCUCAUUCCCUGCAAAGAUAACGGAGCUAUUUGUAUUCAGCCUUGUUCUCCCUCCUUCCGUGGGGAGACAAGCUUUGUCUGUGAAGACAGAAAAUGGAAAAUAUUCACAGAUGCCUGUGCAAGCCUGGAUAUUCAGUCCCUUUUUCAGAGGAUUUCUGAACGUGAACUCCUUCCAAGCUCUGAAGGACAUGUUAGUGUUGCUGGAGAACACCUUCCUUUUGUAGGGGAAGGAAAGCCAAUGCAUGGGAAGCCUGGAGAUGGAGCAAAGUAUAUUGGUGCUGAUGACCACGGGAAUAGUAACUGCCAAGCUGAUUUUUCAUGCAUCAUCCCAGAUAUCCUGUCUUCACCAGCCAUUCCAGGAAACAUUGCUGAUAUAGUGGAAUUGCUAAAGAAGAUUUCCCUUCUGUUAUCAGAGAAUGUCAAUAGAGAAAAAAUGCAGAGUUACAGCAGGAUAGCAAACCAUAUUCUGAACAGCUCCAUCAUUUCCAACUGGGCUUUUGUAAAGGACAGAAAUGCCAGUUCAAUAUUACUGGACUCAGUGAAUUUAUUUGCUGGGAAACUUCUUCUGAGGAAUGGGUCAGAAAGUAUACAGGAACACUUCAUCUCUACAAAAGGCUACAGCAUACAUAAAAACACUUCAGGGAGGAGCUUUGAUUUUUCUGUGGAGUUCAAUAACACAGGCAAUAUCACUGGACAUGUGGUCAUUCCAGAAGAAGAGCUUUUGAAGUUACCCAAGACUUCCAAAGCCAUCAGCAUUGCAUUUCCAACCCUUGGAGCCAUUAUAGAAACCAGCCGGUUGGACCCUGGUUUUGUGAAUGGGAUGGUGUUAUCCGUGUCUCUGCCAGAAGAGCUCCGGCAUAUUUUAUUCACCUUUGAAAAGGUGAAUAAACUGGAGAAUGUCAAGGCUCAAUGUGUUGGGUGGCAUUCUGCUGAAAGGAGAUGGGAUAACAGGGCAUGCAGAGUGAAGUCGGACAACAUCAGCAGCGUUGUUUGCAUCUGCAGGCAUCACCGUCGGACAUUCAAAUCCUUCUCCAUUUUGAUGUCCCCCAGCGUGCCACGGAGUGCAGUGCUGGAUUACAUUACACGUGUAGGGUUAGGCUUUUCUAUUUUCAGCUUGGUUCUCUGCCUUAUCAUCGAGAUUGUUGUCUGGCAUCAUGUUACCAAAACUGAAAUAACCUACAUGCGCCAUUUUUGUUUGGUCAACAUCGCUACGUCGCUUCUCAUUGCUGAUAUUUUGUUCAUCUUGGCGGCUAUUGUGCACAAUACAGCCCUAAACUACCAGUUGUGUGUAGCAGCCACUUUUUUCCUUCACUUUUUCUAUCUUGCCUUGUUUUUUUGGAUGUUUACCCUGGGCCUCUUGAUUCUCUAUGGAUUAUUACUAGUUUUUUUUAAGAUAACAAGAUCUGUAUUCAUAGCUACAGCAUUCUCUAUUGGAUAUGGAUGUCCCUUGGUCAUAUCUAGCCUCACUGUUGCUAUUACUGAACCAAAAAACGGGUAUUUAAGGAGUGGAUCCUGCUGGCUCAAUUGGUAUGAGACAAAAGCCCUUCUGGCCUUUGUUGUACCUGCUCUGAGCAUCAUUGUUGUGAAUGUGGUGGUAGUGGUGGUGGUUGUGGUGAAGACUGGGAGAUCCUCUGUUGGAGAAGGCUGCAAGUCACAAGAUUUGAGCAACAUGAUCCGAAUUAGCAAAAACAUUGCCCUUCUGACACCUCUUCUGGGUCUCACCUGGGGAUUUGGAUUAGCAACGAUUGUCGACAGUCGCUCUCUGGCAUUCCACGUUACGUUUGCGCUACUGAACGCCUUCCAGGGAUUCUUCAUCCUGUUGUUUGGGACACUUCUGGAUAGAAAGACAAGAGAAGCCUUAAAGAUGAACUGCCUUUCAUCAAAGCGGAAGUGUAGUCUAGCAAAG